UAUACAGAAAUGCAGCUUUCAUAUUGGUAACAUUUUUCUAAAGAAGAGUUCAAAUCGUUAUGGAAUCAACGUUAUUUACGUCUAUUCUUUUACAAAUUCUACUCCAAGCUGUAUUUAUCAGAGAAAUCAAGUCGAAUGAUGGAUUACCUCAGAUUCAACCAUUUUUCUUUCCGGAUGCUUUGAGCGUUGGUCAAAAGACAAGCGUUAGUUGUACACUAAAUAAGGGCAGUCAACCGGUUAAAUUUCGCUGGUUAAAAGAUGGCAGAGAAUUAGAAACUUUCGAUAACAUUGAAAUCUUGAAUAUCAAAGAUUUAUCAUUACUUUCAAUAAAUCCAGUGAGACAAAACAGUAGUGGAAAUUACACAUGCGUUGCAACAAAUGAUGUUGGAAAAGAUGAAUACACAGCAUCAUUGAUGGUAAAAGCACCACCUAAAUGGGUAGAGAAACCAGUCGAUCGCACUUCUUAUUUGGGAUCAAGAUUUGAAAUGCAAUGCAAAGUAAUUGGAAGACCUACACCUAUUAUAACAUGGUACAAAAAAGAUUUGCAACAAAAUUUCAUCAGGUUGACAUCCAAUAACCAGAUGAAUAUUUCAGAAGAAGGACAAUUAACUAUUACAGCUGUAUCUGAAAAUGAUGAAGGCCAAUAUAAAUGUAUCGCUGAUAAUGGAGUUGAAGAAAAUUUAUCAGCUGAAUUUGUUUUAACGGUUUAUGUGCCUGCCAGAUUUGAAGAAAAAUUUAAAGUGGAAACAGUUCGACAGGGUGAUAGUGCUGUGUUGAGAUGUGAUGUCACUGGAGAUCAACCAAUAUCUAUUGUCUGGUAUAAAGACAAAAGGGAACUAGAAAUAACAGAAUUAUCUAGAUAUGAGAAAUUUGAAACAUUCCAAAAGAACGGAGUGAACUCUGAGCUCUUUAUAAGGAAUGUUGAUCGCCGGGACGGGGCUUUGUAUUCUUGUACUGCCACAAAUGAUUAUGGAAGUGACGAAAGGAAUAUUAAAGUUCUCGUAGUAGAGGUACCAGCACAACCAUUGGAUGUAAAAGUUUUGGAUGUACGGUCGAAAACUGCAAGCAUACGUUGGACAGCACCCUAUACAGGAAACAGUCCAAUCACAAAAUAUAGAGUCCAGUAUUGGAGAGAUAAACACGGUCCUCAAACACUCCAUGAAGAAGAAAUUGCUGCCACUCAGACAACAGCUGUUAUUAAAGGUCUGAAACCAGGAACUUCCUACGCUUUGGCUGUGGUGGCCGAAAAUGAAAUUGGCCAUGGGGAACCUUCUGAAACGAUUCGAUUUGUCACCACUGAAGAAGAACCUGAUGGAGCACCGACAGACCUGUAUGUUGAAGCGAGAGGACCAACUUCAAUUCUUGUUAAAUGGAAGCCUCCCCCGAAGGAUUGCUGGAAUGGCGAACUGAAAGGAUAUUAUGUAGGAUACAAACCAGAAGGUACCAAUCAUCCUUACACAUUUAAGAGCAUUGAGGCCAGCACAAACGAAAGCAACGAAUUUCUGAUAACAGGCCUCACAAAAUCAGCUCGGUACAGCAUUUUAGUGAAAGCCUACAACAAAGCCGGAGCAGGGCCACAUUCGCAAGAACUGGUCAUUCGUACUUUGGAUGGCGACCUGCCCAAAUCUCCUCCCAUUUCACUAGUUAGUACUUCAGAUUCAGCAAUCACAGUGAAAUGGAACCAAGUAGUGAAUCGGGAUGAUCCUCUGACAGGUAGUAAUGGCUAUACUCUGCAUUAUCAGCGAGGGAGUGGUCACUGGCUGCACGUACCUUUAGUAUCUGCUGACCAGUCAAGUUAUUCUUUGACUUCCUUACAAGCAGACACUCUCUACCAUUUGUACCUCACAGCCAACAACAAACAUGGAAGAGGACAAGCCAGUGACAUAAUUACAGUGAAGACAAAAGAAAAAGGAGCAAGAGAUUUUCCUCUCUAUCUUGAUUUGGCUUUGGUGAUACCUUCAGCCGCAGGGCUUCUAGCUGUCAUUGUGGUCAUAAUUGUAAUCAUUGUUUAUGUCGUCAAAUCUAGAUCACGAGAAGAUUUAGUUAAAGAUCAAAUAAAAGCUCUGGCUGGGCAGCAACAGUACAUCUACGCUGCCGGGGCUCAACGAUACGACAGCGUCGAUAAAGGCAGGCCCUACAGCCAGGGCGAGCCCGGGACCCCAGCGGUCAGCCUGGCUUCGUAUGCCUCCAUCCCUUCGAGGAUCGACCAGGAUGACCUGUAUGGGGGACCGAUAGAAGUGAAGGGACCGUACGGACAAGUAAGAACGCUGCAACAUAAUUACCGAGAACGGCCUUCAUCAUUCCCGAGGCAAGUCUCCAAAAGACCUCUGAAUCAAGCCACUCGAGCCCAGCAACAACAAAAGGCUCAACAGCAGCAGCAACAACAGGGCGUGCAACUUCCACCACAACCGCAGCAGCAAGCCCAGACCCCUCAGCAAGCGCAGCCCCAUCCUGUUCCUCCUCCUCCUCCUCCACCGCCUCCGCCACCUCCACCCCCGUCAGCUCAGCAUUGCAACAUAAACAACUUUAUCCAUGCAAUCGCACAUAUUGAGAAAAGUAAUAAAAUUGAUUUCUACACAAAAUCACUAAAACUUUUGAAAAAAAAUUCUUAUCUCAAAAUAAUGAUUUUAAAGCAACGUUUCAUGGAUAUAGAGGAAAAAGUUUGGAUAAUUAUUUGCUCUUUAUUUUUUUACCGUAGCUUCAUAGUUGAUGCUAAUACACAAGACGCUCCGAAAAUUCAAAAAUUCUUGUUUCCCGAGAAAUUAGAAGUAAAUGAAAAAGUUGGUGCUGCUUGCUUGUUGAGGUCGGGAAAACCUCCAUAUACUUUUCGUUGGCUGAAAGAUGGUAAAGAAUUAGUUUCUCAAAAUGGAGUGAUAAUACAAACAGGAGAAAUGUUGUCCAGCCUUCUGAUAGACCCUAUUACAUAUUCAUCAGCUGGCAAUUAUACUUGCAUCGUGAAGAAUGCUGUUGGGAUGGAUUCUUAUUCAUCCAUUCUCACAGUUACAGCUUCACCAACAUGGAAAGAAGAACCACACGAUGAAGAAGCAAUCGUUGGUGAUAAAGUUUCAGUUAAAUGUUCAGCUAGUGGCUAUCCUAGUCCAAAAAUAGAAUGGUUAAAGAAAGAUGAUGUCACUUAUUUCCUUUGGAAGGGCCAUUCUGACUUGCUGAAUAGAACCUUGAUCUUUAAUCCUAUCAAUACGGAUGAUGAUGGUGAAUAUAUAUGUAGAGCGAACAACGGGGUAGGCGAAGUGUUAGAGAAAAAAAUUACUAUCGUAGUUCAUGUUCCCGCACGCUUUGAUGAAAAGUUUACGGUAGUAACGGUGAAAAAAGGAGACAGUGCUAGUCUGAGAUGCGAAGCCAUUGGAGAUCAACCCCUUUCAGUCAUUUGGAAGAAAGAUAGUAAAGAACUGAGAAAAAUAAAUGGAGGAAGGUAUGAAAUAUUUGAAACUCUCACUCCAAAAGGAUUAAAAUCGGAGCUCGUUCUGCGAGAAGCAGAUCGAACAGACGGGCAACUGUACACUUGCCUGACAGAAAAUCCGUACGGGAAGGAUGAAAGAAGUAUAAAACUCUUAGUAAUGGAGGUGCCAGCCACACCCCUCGAUCUGAAAGUGCAGGAAGUGUGGAGCCGCAGUGCCAGUGUCUCAUGGUCGUCGCCUUACACCGGAAACAGUCCCAUCACCAAAUACGUCCUGCAGUACUGGAAAGACGCAGUAUCUGGCGGGCGGCAUCGCUUGGAAGAGAAAGUGGUGAGCAGCGCUCAAACAUCAGCUUUGAUAAAGAAUCUACAUCCGGGCACUAACUACGGUCUGGCCAUUGUAGCAGAAAAUACAGUGGGACGAGGCGAGCCAUCAGACACCAUUUCUUUCACAACGGGGGAGGAGGAACCUUCUGGAUCUCCAAAGGAUGUUAAUGUAGAUGUGAAAGGGACGGCUUCGUUGCUUGUGACAUGGAAGCCUCCUCAGAAGAGCGAAUGGAAUGGAAAGCUGAAAGGUUACUAUGUUGGCUACAAAAUCAUGCAGGACUCCAGCAAUCCUUAUUCCUUCAAGACGGUAGACUACGUGCCUGGAGGUGUCCAAGAACACAUGAUCACCAGCCUCCGCAAGGACACGGAAUACAGCAUCAUAGUGAAAGCUUUCAAUAAUGCAGGCAGUGGACCUCCCUCCCAGGAAGUCAUUGUCAGGACAUUAGGAGGAGAUCUUCCAUCACCACCAAUUGUAUUUGUGGUUGCCACAUCCGAAAAUUCAAUCAAAAUUCAAUGGCGAGCAACAGACAACAAAUCUCCAAUAACAGGCCAUGCCAUCCACUACCGGAAGAAAGGGGAGAGUUGGCAGAGGGUGGCAGUGACGUCACCGCACGAGAACUCGUACACCCUGACGGGGCUUCACGGAGGGGCCUUCUACCAGCUGUACGUCACGGCAAACAGCGAGUUUGGGGAAGGGGACCCAAGCGACGUGGUCACAGUGAAAACGUAUUCUGAGAACAACAACGUCGUUCUCAUGGCUGGAUCAAAAGAACCGCCAAUGAUGUUAGAUGUGUCCUUAUUGAUACCCCUUGCGGCAUCGCUACUGGCCGUUACUCUAGUCAUCGUCGUCGUAUGCAUAUGGGUUCUGAAAGCAAAAUCUAGAAGAGAUUUAGAAAGAGCCAUCCAAGAAGACAAGCGUUUCAUUUAUGCGGCGGCCUCUCAGCGGUACGUGGACAUCGAUAAGACGCGGUCCCUGCCCGCCUACCACGACCCUGCCCUCAUACAUUUUCCUCAGCCGUACGCCACUGUGAUGAUGGGGGACGACCUCUCCGAAGGAGGGGACCCUAACGAGAUGAAGUCCUUCCUGCCACAGAACAUGAAAGAUAGACCACUGCCUAAACCAGGAACUAUGAAAAAACAAAAGGAUCGGGAAUCCCAUAUCUACGAUAGUCCGCAGUGAUGCAGCAUUUUGUAAAGUUUGUUACUUACUGGGACUAACACGUUCCUUUAAAAGGGCAUGGAAACCAUUUCAUCUAUAUUACCAGCCCCAUGAUAUUGUACGUAGAACAGAAAUACAGGAGACAAAUGUACCUGACAAAAAAAUAUCGAAGUUUCUACUAAUGCGGAAGAAAUUGUGGCUACACGAAUCUCGAUUGUAUUAUGUGCUGCUUCCACAGUAGAUACAAAAGGAGAUAAAUUAUUAAUCUACAUGUGAAAAAAAGAUGUAAGAUCAAGAAAGUGUGACUAUAUUCUGAAAUUGUGCCGAAGAGUUACCGAUUCUUGUAUUAUAUUGGAAAGGUAUCCAUUCAAGUUAUCUAUCAAGUUGAAAAGUUACUGUGAGAUUGAUCACUGAAGUUGUGUUCCUUGAAAAACAGAAAAAGACGAAAACCUGCGAAAGAAAUAUAGUGAGAAAGGGUUAUGUAGCUUUAUAAUUUAUUUUCUUUACUAUUUGUAAUCAAAUAUGACAAAUCAAACAACACAACUUUUAAGCACCACAUUAUUUUGAUAACUGAUCCAAUCAUGGUUUAGAUUUGAAGAAAAUUCUGCAAGCACUGAGAAAGUAUUAAUUCGAUCCAUGUUCGCGAAAGAGCUAAAAUGUAGAAAGUUAUGAGGAAAAAGUGUUGGAAGCAUUUAUUUAAAAUGCAAAAAAUGGUGAAACAAAUUUGUGUUUUCUAUUUAACUAAUAGUUUGAUGAUGCAUUAAACUUAGAGACACAAGAUAAGAUUACCGCGAUAUUGUAUAAUGCUUUUGAUAAUAAUAUGCCUAGAAAUAUUUAAAAUAUAAAAUAUUUGUUGUACAAAUAACUUGUAGCCAGCUAAAAAAACAUGACAUAGCAAAUCCUUCACAUGAAAACAAAAUAUAUUCAACAAAAAUAAAUCACGAAAAUUGGCAUAUAAUAUUUUUGUCCCUUUUUUACUAUUUCAUCAUGAUCCUGUCUUUCAGAAUGCUUCAUGUUUUAGAAUGAUACAAAUAUAUCUUUUUCCGAGUUAUGAUUAUGUAUUUAUACAUAGAACUUGAAUCAUCUAGUUAAUCUAUAUGAUUUUGAACAUUUGAGUCAGAGACUGUUUUGACAAUCUUUCGAUUCUUUAGUAAAUUAUUUACUAUAGUUUUUUCCUUUCGUGAUGCUUAUGUUGAUAAUAGUUUACCAAAUAUGAAGCAUUAAAUUAAUUUUUGAAAAC